AACCUGCAUUAAGGGUUCUUCACCAACACUGGGGACUGUUUGUUUGUGUAAGGGGAAGGAGAGGGAGCAGAGAGAAAGAGGACUCUUCCAUCCACUGAGGCGCAGUUCACUAUGAUCUUACUCGCAUUCAGCACUGGAAGCCGGUUGGAUUUCGUACAUCAUUCCAGGGUGUUUUUCUUGCAAACCUUGCUUUGGAUUUUAUGUGCCCCCGUGUGCACAGCGGAGCAGUAUUUCAAUGUGGAGGUCUGGUUACAAAAGUAUGGCUACCUUCCACCAACUGACCCCAGCAUGUCAGUGUUGCGCUCUGCAGAGACCAUGCAGUCAGCUAUAGCUGCCAUGCAGCAGUUCUAUGGCAUUAAUAUGACAGGAAAAGUGGACAGAAACACAAUUGAUUGGAUGAAGAAGCCUCGAUGCGGUGUGCCUGACCAGAGAAGAGGUAGCUCCAAAUUUAACAUUCGUCGAAAACGAUAUGCAUUAACGGGACAGAAGUGGCAACACAAACAUAUCACUUACAGCAUAAAGAACGUCACUCCAAAAGUAGGUGAUGCCGAAACCCGCAAAGCCAUUCGCCGUGCCUUUGAUGUGUGGCAGAAUGUAACUCCUCUGACAUUUGAAGAAGUUCCUUACAUUGAAUUAGAAAAUGGCAAGAGGGAUGUGGACAUUACAAUCAUUUUUGCGUCAGGUUUUCAUGGAGACAGUUCUCCCUUUGACGGGGAGGGAGGAUUUUUGGCCCAUGCUUACUUCCCUGGGCCAGGAAUUGGGGGAGACACUCAUUUUGACUCAGACGAGCCAUGGACUUUGGGAAAUCCUAAUCAUGAUGGAAAUGAUCUAUUUUUAGUUGCAGUGCAUGAACUGGGGCAUGCUCUAGGCUUGGAGCAUUCCAAUGACCCCACUGCAAUCAUGGCUCCGUUUUACCAGUAUAUGGAAACAGACAACUUCAAACUACCUAGUGAUGAUUUACAGGGCAUUCAGAAGAUCUAUGGUCCACCUGACAAGAUCCCACCACCAACAAGACCUCUGCCAACAGUGCCCCCACAUCGCUCUGUCCCUCCAGCAGACCCUCGGAAGAAUGACAGGCAGCCUAAACCGCCUCGGCCGCCCACUGCUGACAAACCUUCCUAUCCUGGAGCCAAACCAAACAUCUGUGAUGGGAACUUCAACACUCUAGCUAUUCUUCGCAGGGAAAUGUUUGUUUUCAAGGAUCAGUGGUUUUGGCGUGUUAGAAACAACAGGGUGAUGGAUGGAUACCCCAUGCAGAUUACCUACUUCUGGAGGGGUUUGCCUCCAAGUAUCGAUGCAGUCUAUGAAAACAGCGAAGGGAAUUUUGUUUUCUUUAAAGGUAACCAGUUCUGGGUCUUCAAGGAUACCACUCUCCAGCCAGGGUACCCUCAUGAUUUGAUAACACUUGGAAGUGGAAUUCCUCCCCAUGGUAUUGAUUCAGCAAUUUGGUGGGAGGACGUUGGGAAAACCUACUUCUUCAAAGGAGAUAGGUACUGGAGAUACAGUGAAGAAAUGAGGUCCAUGGACCCUGGUUAUCCAAAACCAAUCACAAUCUGGAAAGGUAUCCCAGAAUCUCCUCAGGGAGCCUUUGUCCACAAAGAAAAUGGCUUCACAUAUUUCUACAAAGGAAAGGAGUAUUGGAAAUUCAAUAACCAGAUGCUCAGGGUGGAACCUGGAUAUCCCAGAUCCAUCCUCAAGGAUUUUAUGGGUUGUGAUGGACCAACAGACCGGGACAAAGACCGACACAUCCCUCAAGAUGACGUGGACAUUGUCAUCAAACUGGACAACACAGCCAGCACUGUGAAAGCCAUAGCCAUUGUCAUUCCCUGCAUCCUGGCCUUGUGCCUCCUUGUCUUGGUUUACACUGUGUUCCAGUUCAAGAGGAAAGGAACACCUCGUCACAUACUGUACUGCAAACGCUCUAUGCAAGAGUGGGUGUGAUGUAGGGGGUUUUUUGUCUCCCAGGAAUUUGUGGUAACUUGAGAUUCAACGUAAGAGCUGUUGUGCGGUUUCCUAGCUAGGAGCAGGCAUCUGUCAGCCUGAAUCAGAGCUGAUCUUUAAAACCCAGGGGGUUGCCUGUCCUGCACAUGAGUGGGGAUUCACUCUACUGGGAAGCUUCCAUGAUAGACAGUAUCUGCCGUUUCUUCAGUCCUUUGUCUUUCUUUGUCAUUCGGUUCCAGGCCUUUCCUCUGCACGCUCAAUACCCAAUAAACUAUCAGGAUUAACUAAUGAAGAGGAAAAAAGAAAAGAAAAAUCCAAUGUUUCUACUGUUUUUCUCCUAAAGCCUGUUCCCCUUUGAAAAUAAUUUUGCUGAAAGUAAACUUUUUUUUAAUUAAAAACAACACAACAACCCACAAUUGAACUUUCAGAAAAGUGUGAAGACCCAAACAGCUUUGUCUCCAAAGAGGAUUGCUUUCUGUCUGCUAUGGAUUUAGUUGUAUACUCCUACACAUGAUUUUUGUCAAGUGGGAGACCUGGAUGACACGCAGGACUUCAGACUGUUCGGACAGCCAUUUUCCAACAAACAAGGGGCCAAAAUAUCUGCAAUAUAGUAACAGCCUUAAUGAUACGUUCAUUUUGUGUUUUAUACAGCUGUUCUGAGCUAUGUCCUCAAUGUUUUAAUACAUUUAUAUUCAUUACUAUAUUUCAAACAGAACCUUUUUUAUUGUUUCUUUCUUUUGUUGAUUUUCCUGCAUCAUUUUUUCCCAAGCUGUACCAGGCCAACUGCCCCAGGCCUUUCAUAGGUCUGUCAGGAACACUCAUUCCAAAGCAUAGCGAAAAACAGCAUGUCUCUG